AAUAAUAAUAAUAAAAAAAUUUUUACUUUGCGCUUGAGCUGUGUGUGGAUUUUAAUACUCAAAUAAACUAAGCACGUUUCAGUUGGAAACGCGACUUAAAACGUUAAGGUUGUUUUUAAAACGGAGACAGUUUUUUUUUUUGCCAAUAAAUAUCAUCUACAGCAAUUUAUUGUUUAAUUUAAAAUUUACUUUUUUUUUGAAUUUCUACAAAUAUUUCUACAAACAACAUGGUGGUUAAACCCGGCUUAGAAGAACAAAUUUUAGCUUUAGAAACAUGGUUAAAAACUCAGCCACAAUUGCCUCAAAAUAUAGAUAAACUCUUUCUCAAACGUUUCAUUUACUCCAUGUAUGGAGAUUUGGAUGGGGCCAAACGUUUGCUAGAAUUAAAUUUUAAAUUGCGCAAUAAACACAGUCAAAUUUUUUUGCAAAGAGAUCCUCUAGAUGAGGGUUCACAGAAACUACUGCAAGUGGCCGACCUCAUACCACUCCCCGGCAAAACACCCGACAAUUACAAACUGCUUAUUUAUCGCUUAAUCGACCAUGAUGCAGACAAGUUCAACUUUACUGAUUCAAUCAAAGUAUUCUUUAUGAUGGCCGACUGUCGUUUUGCCAUCAACGAUGAGGAUGUUGAUGGUGAGAUACCCAUUUUUGAUAUGUCCGGCUAUAGUUUGCGGCAUUUAACAAAGACUGUCCUCUCAGCUUUACGUGUUUAUAUGAAAUUUGUACAGGAGGCACAUCCAGUGCGAAUCAAACAAAUACAUGUUCUAAAUAGUCCUUCGUAUUUGGAUAAAGUGUUGACUGUUAUUAAGCCAUUUAUGAAAAGUGAAGUUUUUAAGUUGAUACAUUUUCAUUUGCCUAAUGCUGAUACUCCUUAUGAAUAUUUUCCUCGUGAAAUGCUGCCUUUGGAAUAUGGUGGUAAGGCGGGUAGUUUAAAGGAAUUGAAGGCGUUUUGGAUGCAAAAGUUGGAGGAGAAAAGGUUAAGUUUGAACUGGACAAGAACAGAACUAGAUUAGCACUAGAACAUAAUUAGAACAGAUCUAGAACAGAACUAAAACAGA